AUGGUAGCAUCUGUCCUGUGUCUGCAGCCAGAGAACCUACUGCUGGCCUCGAAGUCUAAAGGAGCGGCGGUGAAACUGGCCGACUUCGGCCUCGCCAUCGAGGUGGAGGGAGACCAGCAGGCCUGGUUUGGCUUUGCGGGGACCCCUGGCUACCUGUCUCCAGAGGUUCUGAGGAAGGACCCGUACGGGAAGGCCGUCGACCUCUGGGCCUGUGGUGUGAUUCUCUACAUCCUAUUGGUCGGUUAUCCUCCGUUCUGGGAUGAAGAUCAGCAUCGUCUCUACCAGCAAAUCAAAGCUGGAGCUUAUGAU